AUGGAAACCUUUGCUGAGACCCACAAGCUCGUCAUCAAACAAAAGUUCGAACCACUGGAGGCACUGGCCAAUGCGGCCGCCAACGCCUUGGAUUUGGAUAUGCUGGGUGGUCUAGGAGAGAUCGCCAACAAGUACGAUGUCUUUACCAAUGACGGUGGUGACAAGUUCCGCGUCAUUGAGACUUCGGAAAUGUGUGGCUGUACUGGUCGCGCCUGUUGCCGCCCCAACCACAAACUCCAGCUGCAUGUAUACGAACCAGCCAAGUCGGACACCCAGGAAGCCAUGUUGCUGGAUCGUCCCUGCAAAUGCGGGCAGUGCUGCGCUAUCUUGGACAUUUGUCGCCCAGAAAUGACCGUCUUUGAGGGACCAGAGAUUAAUGGAAACAAGAUUGGUUACAUCAAGCAGCCCGUUUUAGGAGGAUACCUCUCUCCAAGUCUGGAAAUUAUGGACCGUGAGGAAGAUGAGGAACCAUACGCCACCAUUAAGUCUGAGGCAUGUUGCUGCAUAGGUGGGUUGUUCUUUGACCACGACUUUACAGUUACAGACAAGGAUGGAAACCUGGUUGGAAAGAUUACCAAGACAAGGCCGGAUAGUAUUGGUGGAUUUGCCAAGGAGUUGGCCUCUGACGCUGACGUCUUUGCUUUGGAAUUGAAUCAGAAUUCCAGUUUGACUGCGAAGCAAAAAGCCAACAUCUUCGCCGGUUUGUACUUGAUCGACUACAUGUUCUUUGAGAACGAAGGAGAACUCAAGCUGGAUUAUGUCAAUAGAGAAUGUAGCUUCAAGUGCUGUGACUUGUAUUGCUGUGGAUGUGUUUGCCCUUGCAGCUGUAACUGUGGUGGGAAGAGUGAUGAAGAAGAAGACGAAGAAGGUGCUGUCCAGGACGGCGUUGUUGAAGAUGAUGGCGGUGAUGACGGGGAUGAUGGCGCCGGUGAUGGGGAUGGUGAUGCGGGUGAAGAAGAAGAGUGA